AUGAGACCGGAAUAUUACACAGGAUUCGACUCCAACGGCAAGUUCACACACUUGGGGCACGCCCAUCACGUUGCGGUGGCUACAGCCCUCGCCGCGAGUGGGAUCGUGGACCUGGGCGUGAGAUACAAAUUGGUCGCUCCGGAGCGGGUCUCGUACCUCUUCGCCGUGUUCCUCUUCCUCAUAGACGGUUGGCUUAUGACGGUCCACAACGACAGCAGUUUGAACGAGGGAGAGCUUUCCAGUACAAUGCACCGAUCAAGCGCGCUGGACGUGAUGAUGCUGGUAACAUCCCUGGUAUUAGAGAUGUUUCACCGUCGGAGCGUGGGGAUCGCCCUCCUCCGACCCAUUGUCGGCCUGCACGAGGCCAUUCUCUUCAUUACUAUGAGCUUCGUCCUCUUCCAACCCUGCUGCCCUUGGGAUGACAGACACAUCCCAUUCUUUUUAGCCCUAUACGUCGGCUACUACAUGUUGGUGUGCUCCUUCGUCUUGAUCUUGGUCAUGACGCUGUAUCGGCACUCUGGGGAUUCCAAAACUAGCUUCGCCGUGAGCUCUUCAUAUCCAAUUUGA